GUAAAAAAGUUAAAUGCCCUGCACCACCACAAAUUCCCAUUCCAUGCUAUGGUCAAUUACUAAACGCCACGUGGCCAUUCACAUACAUACAUACAUGGAACGGUAAGUGUAGGCAUUCAGCUGGGAGAGUGUGGAGGAAACAAACAAAAGACUGUAAGUUGAACUAACGUUCCUUACGCCAUUUUUGGGAGAGGAUGUGAAGCACAGAUCCGAAAAUCAGCCUGUUUCUGUUUGGUCUUCUUACGAAUCCUUCGUCGAAAAAGGAAUUUAUUUAUUUUUUUUGAAAAACCCGAGUAAAACGCACGCAACAAGAAAAAACAAACACGCCACUUUGAUAACAGAGAGCGGAGCUGUUUUUUGAGAAUUGAGCAAGCAAAAUCAUGGCAGUUGUAGAGAAUGCGAGUGUGGAUUUGGGGAUGACAGUGGGCUCGAGCUCAUCAUCCAGUCUAGAUUCGAGCUUGUCAUUGUCCGCCAGCGAUCACGACCAGCUCAACCCCAAUCACAGCCACCACUUACGGUCGCGCAUCGACAACGCUGUCUCGAUUCAGCCUCUCUACAUGAAGGUCCAGGUUCAACCGCAGCCCAACGUUAAGCCCCAGCAGCCGCCGCCGCCGCCGCCGCCGAGUCUGCAGGUGGCGAAUCAUUAUCCUUCUCAUCAUCAGCGAUCUAACUGCAGCGGAGGUGAUUUACAGAGAGAUGGGGAUGUGGAAGAGAGCUACAAGAGGGAUAUAAGAGAGCUGCAGGAGUUAUUCUCUAAGCUCAACCCCAUGGCUGAGGAGUUUGUGCCUCCUUCGCUUGCUUACAGCAGUGGCAAUCAUCAUGGACUCAGUGUGGGUUUUUUUAGUAACGACAACGAUGACUCUUUUAUGCAUAUCAACGACACUAGAAAUGGACCGCUAAAUGGAAAUGCUGGUCGAAGGAAAAACAAUAAUCAAGGGAAACGGAGGAUGAACAGCAGGACCAGUAUGGCUCAGAGGGAGGAGAUAAUUCGCAGGACUGUGUAUGUGUCUGACAUUGAUCAACAGGUCACUGAAGAGCAGCUUGCAGCGCUUUUUGUUAGCUGUGGGCAGGUGGUGGACUGCCGAAUUUGUGGGGAUCCCAAUUCUGUACUUCGUUUUGCCUUUAUAGAGUUCACUGAUGAAGAAGGUGCACAGGCUGCUUUGAAUCUGGCUGGGACAAUGCUUGGGUACUAUCCUGUGAGGGUGCUGCCCUCAAAAACAGCUAUUGCGCCAGUUAAUCCAACCUUUUUGCCUAGGAAUGAUGAUGAACGUGAAAUGUGCACUAGAACUAUCUAUUGUACAAACAUUGAUAAGAAGGUUACUCAAACAGAUAUUAAACUCUUUUUUGAAUCACUCUGUGGAGAGGUUUAUCGCCUAAGGCUGCUAGGGGACUAUCAUCAUUCUACUCGAAUUGCUUUUGUGGAGUUUGUGAUGGUAAUUGCUGCUUCAUCUUUAUUCGUGUAUGCUGAAUAUUGUAUGGUCUUGAAUAUCAAACAAAGAGAAGUUCAGCAAAAGGGUAAGGCUGAAAGUGCAAUAGCUGCUCUCAACUGUAGUGGUGUUGUUCUUGGAUCAUUGCCAAUAAGGGUAAGCCCAUCAAAGACACCAGUGAGGCCACGUGCUCCUCGUGUUCCCAUGCAUUGAGGUAUCCUGGUGGCUUGGCACCACACUGCUCUUAGUACUAGUUUAUAUAUAUAUUUAAAUAUAUACACACACCCAUGUAAAGAUGUUCCCAACAUCUCUGUUCUCUUUGUUUCAUAUGUACCUUCAUCCUUUGCUCCUUUGAUCAGGAUCUUUGUUAUGUUAGGAGUCAUGUUUUGGUUAUUCUAGCAAUAUAUAGAGUUGGAUGGAACUUCGAGGCUGUGGAAGAUUUAUAUGUGUUAGCUUGCUAAUGUGAAUUGGAAGUAAUCCCGAAGAUGAACUCUUUAAGUAGUUUCUGAUACUUGAUCCUAGAGAUCCUUUUAGAUGAUCAAGUCAUUGGUCAUCACAUAGGGUUGAAUCAUUAAUGGAACUCUUUUUUCACCUUGUUUA